AUCGCAUUUGUGAAUCAUCCGGAUUUAAUCGUGGAGCUGAUAAGCAAUGGCCCCAUCCUAUUCGCGUCAGCUGCUAGUGUUUGCAGUGCCCACAAUCGCAGUGCUCCUUACCUACUUCUGGUUCAAGAGGAAAAGAGGCGUAAAACAGAGUGACCCAGGUGAUUCGCCGUCCAUCGCUGAGACGAAGCUUACUUCAAAUAAGACUAGUGAACUUCAGGAAGUAUCAAACACUCCGACGAAAUCUAUUGCCACUCCGUCUGGCGGUAAUAUCGGUACUCCCCAACACCAUCAGCCACAAGGUAGUAGUUCCGAUAACACCUCUCCAUUUGGUUCCCCAGAUCGUUCCCCGCGAGUUCUCUCCACCCCAUCCACGCCCAUUGAUAUUAUCAUCCCGCGCGAACUCAGAUCGCAGCGAACCAGCCCAAUUGUCAUCUCCGACGAGGAUUUAGACAUCGAAAUUGAGAAGGUGAAGUCGAUGCGCUCGUACUCAUCGGAGCAUUAUAAACUUUCUGGUGGGUCGGAUACGAUUGACGGCAUUUCGACGACGAGCUCUACCUCAUCGCGCACACCGGCAAAAAAGGCCAAAGCAAAAGUACAGCAGCCCGAAGACGCUAUGCCAGCCGGGAAGUUGGACUCGCAAGUCAAGUCGAAGAACCAGAUGAAGACUAACGCCGAAAAGAAGAAGGGCAAGAUGACUCCUGUUAAAAAGGUAGAGGAAGAGCUCAGCAACAUGAAACUCAAUCAAGAGUCGGAGACCCAGGAGGAGGUAAAGGUCGAGAAUGGCCGGAAAGAGGAACAAGCAAAUGCACAUGCCGAAGAACGGCAGAGCAGUGAGCGAGACUCAGCUAAUCACAGCCCCGCUGAUGUUAUGUUGGCCAGUCCAUCGCUGAGUUGCAUUUCGGAUAAUCACAGCGAGGGUUCUAGUGAUAGUGGUAAGGGAGGUAGUGAUGUAGCUACGCCUCCGUCGCGCACCCCUGCAGGGGACUCUAUGCCACUGACCUACGAGUUUACGCUACCACAGGUACUGGUUGGCAAGCUAAUCGGACGUUUCGGUACAUUUGUCGCCGAGAUCAAGGAGAAGACGCGUUCACACAUUGUGAUCAAGAAGCAUCCCACAGUUGGCAAGCUCAAAUUAUGUGUUAUUGAAGGUAGUCAAAGUGAAAUCGAUAAAGCCCUGAAGAUGAUUCGUGAGCGUUUCCCACUAAAGAAGCAUCCAGAAGUUACGUUGGAACAAGUGACUGUUUCAACACAGAUGUCCAGCGUUCCCAUUAGCACAGAUCACAUAUAUUUAAAACUUGUCGAAGGCGUUAAUAAUGAUACCAUCGUGAGCUGCAUGGUGACGCCCAGCCAUCUCUUCCUCCAACAGCCGACGCACCCGUCCUACCCGCAUCUGCAAGUGCUUUCCAGGUACAUGAUGAUGUGCUACAGUAAUCCAGAAUCACCGUCAAUGCCAAAACCAAUUCAACCAAACACAAUUUGUGUGGCGGAAUCAAUCGGCGAGUGGUGUCGGGCGAUGAUUCUAUCCACAUCAGAGGAAGAGGACACUUCCUAUGUGACCUUCCUUGAUUAUGGCGGUUUUGCUGUAAUUCCCAAUGAUCAGCUCAAACAAAUUCGCGGCGAUUUUCUCCUGCUUCCCUUCCAGGCAGCUGAAUGCCAUCUUGCGAAUAUCCGACCUGUAGGUGGCGAUGACGCUCAGUGGUGCGAUGAGGCGUAUAAAAUGGUAGCCGAUGUAACAAAGGGUGCCCUGGCGCUCGCGCAAAUAGCAGAAUAUACCGAACACGGGAUUCCCUUAGUUUUAAUGUACAUUUUAGUUGGACCACAGUCGAUUGUAUAUUUAAAUGACGAAUUAGUGAAACGCGGAUUCGCCGAAUACAUUCAUACGCCGGAGAUACUGGACGAGGUACAGACGACGUAUGUCGACGUUGCAGAGCCAGAGGCGGGCGCUGUCGGCGGGAUUGCAGUGUAAAACAUCCCAUCCACACACACACACACCUACAACAUUGUGCACUUCGGUGCCUCAAUCUGCGAAACAGAACACACAAACAUAAAGCAUAGUUAUUUAUAUAUUUAGAUAUUGCAUGAGGGCGGGCCACGGGCACUGAUGGGAUGGUUGCGCACGUGAUAUGGCAGGGCGGCACGCGCACAAUUCUUACCCUGCCCGUCUUCUUUUAUAGUCACUUGAUGUCUACGCCCAUGUUAUUCAUCAAGCAUGUUGUUGAUUUUCUUUCCGCGAUGUACACUUACGUCCAUGCACUUGAACUAGUUAAAAUAGCCAACUCUUAGUUUAUGCGUUGUGCAAACAUGCUCUUUCAAUUUGAUUUUGUGUUGUUGUACAAUGUAAUGAUUUGAUUUGUGAUGCGGCUUAUUUUCCUACUAUUUGUUGAUAUUUAUGCCACGCCUCUAGCACACGACACGCGUUUUCAUUUAUAUCUCUCUAUGAUAAUUUUAACAUUGUCGCAACAAUAAUGGUUGUGCGCACUUACCUCAUAAUUGUAGGUAGGCAGGCUGGAUUUGAUGAAGUCGGUUUUUAAUAGAUCGGUAGGUUUUAAUACAUAACUGGUUUGAAGUUUCAAGCAAGAUUGCGAAACAUGUAGAGUGCGCCUGAAGUAGCAUGAUCUUCUCUUUGUAUUGAUCACAGCAAGGCACCGCGAUGCAAAUGUUAAUGAAAACAAAAAGAAAUGUACAUAUUGUAUUUUUGAAUAUUACUAUUAGUAGAUUUAGUGGAACGCAUACUACUCUGUAACUUACAUUUAGUGCUGGUAGGUUAGUUAUUGUUUUCUUUCUUUAAUUUUGCCUAGAGUUAUUGUUUAUUUUUAAUUUCUAACUUCCCAUCUUCAUUUGCGUAUGCGCGACGCCGUUAUAUUGCAAAUGUACGGAGUUGUCAUUACACAACGCACGCCUGAAACGCAAAGUUGAAACAAACACAAAGUUAAUUGUAAUCGUAACGUAAGCUUAGUAAUUUAACAGGAAUUUUCGGAGAGUUGCAUCGGCGAUGGGAUGCAAACUCUGUAGGAAUGAUUGUAGGAUGGAACUUUGUAGCCAAACUUGUAACUGAUUCAGACUGAUUUGAUUGUUCCUAGUCCAUACAAACAAGUGGUUGCUACACAUUUGGUUUAUAGCAAAACACAUCUUGCAAAGAAGUCAUGUCAGAAUAUAUAAAUAAGACAAAGAAACACUUCAAAGUUGUUAACCGACAAGCCAAAAAUCACUGUAAAAAGAUUUUGCACAAUAAAUCAAUUAUUGUACGUUUGUUACACUGAAUUAUUACACUUGAACACUACACUGAAAAGGAGGCGCCUACAAUAGAAAUGGUAGCAAUAGUUAAAUAGAAUAAUCUAAUUUUGUACAUUUCGAAUGUAAAAAUUGGUUGUUGAUGACUUACUUUUAACCGAGAAACAAUUUGGUAGCAAUGCAAUUGGAGCGGGAGCAAGCAACAUUCUACAAUAGUGAAACUAACAUGUUAUCUAAUCAUAUUCUGUUCUUAGAGUUACUACUCUUUUUCAUGUGUUAUUUACGUUUACGAUUUUUUGUGCGUUUGUAUUUUUAAUUUUAUGCGUAAUUCGUAAGGACUUAGAUAUACUUUAGCUUUUGUACAUAAGGAGUUGUAAUAUACGUUUUUUUUCUUUUUGGAAA